AUGGGCGACCGACGCCCUUUGGAAUACAACCUAGAUGAACCCCUCGAGGAACUCUCCGAAAGGAGGCGACGGAGCAUACAAGAGCACUUAGGCUCCAUCAGCGAAGCCGGGACUGCCAGGACUGGCAGUAGUCUAAGAACCGCCGACAUCGACUUGGACCGCCUCAGUGAACAUGGAAGGCAUAUCCUGGCAGCGAGAAUGAACAUGACGAGGAACGACUGGGACAAGAGCGAGUUCUUGGCGAGCACUGUCAACGGAGGCUCCGUUACGCACAGCCAUAAGGCAAGCCAGGUUGGCUUCGGCAACCUGAGAAGCAGCCCACAGACACAGCGCGCUCCAGCGGUUCCAGCAUUGACUACUCGUGUUCAGAAGGUCCCGAGAAACUUGGGUGGUGGCCCCCUCGCGGGCGGCUUUGCGCCAGCUUCCAAGGCUCCCACCGCGACCGGUGCCUUUGUACCUGCCACUAAGCCGCCCAGUGCGACAAGUGCAUUUGCCCCUGCUUCUACUACUCGCAUCGGCGGUUUUGCACCCAGUACCUAUAAACCCAUUGCUACCGGCGCCUUUGUUCCACCUCCUACGGCACCAACUGGCAUCAGCAGUUUUGUAGCUCCCCCCAAAGCACCCACUGCGACCGGCGGUCCUGUACCUGGCAGCAGGGCACCUACUGUCAUCAGCGCAACAACGACGGUAGUUCGUGAUCCGAGUGUGAACCAGGGGCUCACCACGACUAUCCCCUCCCCAAAGCGUGUCAGAGAUGCCUCGCAGCUUGGGACUGGCUCCUUGGCGCAGACGGAGGAACAGUUUAGGGAGCUCAUUGAUGAGAUGGCGGCACUUCAGCAGAACAUGUCUCUUAACGAACAAAAACAGCGGUGGCUGUUUUUUAACCUUCAGAAGCAACGGAAGGGGACUGGCGAGAAAUAUGACUAG